AUGUUCUUAUCGGGCGCCAAUUUAGUCAGGUUUGGUGCGUUUUGCGGGAUUAGGGAUAGCAGGGCCACUAGAUGUCCACUGAGAGGAAUUAGUCAUGGGAUUCACCUCAAAUCAGGAAGAAGAUGCGCCUGUCGAUCUUUCACUUUAUACCCUAGUCCCUUGAUCAGCGUUGCCAAGGUAAUGCUAGAUCCCGAUUUUGGUUCUUUGUUCAAUAUGAUGGAUAACAAUAGGGCCACCAUUAGCCCUUUCUUAAAUAGUUAA